AUGCCGGAGGAGCACCUGGAGGAGGUCAAGAAUGAGCUCAGGUCGAUUCUGGAGGGCACUGGAGGUUCUCACCACAUCGAGGAGUUCUUGUACUUGCAGAAGCUUGUGCAGGACAGGGAUGAUUUGACACCAUCCAUGCUUUCAGUGGCGCACCAUGUUCAGCUUGAGAUCCUUGUUGCAAUCAAGACUGGGAUACAGGCCUUUCUGCACCCCAGCGUUACCAUUCCACACAAUCGCUUGGUGGAGGUCUUCUUGUACAAGAGGUGCCGGAACAUUGCUUGCCAGAGUGCUCUCCCUUCUGAGGAGUGCAGAUGCAAUGUGUGUGCUAGCAGGAAUGGCUUUUGCAACCUGUGCAUGUGUGUGAUCUGCAACAAGUUUGAUUUUGAGGUCAAUACAUGCCGUUGGAUUGGUUGUGAUUUCUGCUCUCACUGGACACAUACAGAUUGUGCAAUUCACAAUGGCCAGAUAGGAAUGGGACAAUCAGUGAAAAGCAGCAUUGGUCAUGCUGAAAUGCUUUUUAGGUGCCGGGCUUGCCAGAGAACCUCAGAGCUUCUUGGUUGGGUUAAGGAUGUCUUCCAACAAUGUGCUCCUGGUUGGGAUAGGGAUGCUUUGUUACGUGAGCUUGAGUUUGUUUGUAAGAUAUUCCGUUUAAGUGAGGAUGCAAAAGGGAGAGUGUUGUUUAGGAAAUGUCUAGAUCUGAUUGAAAGGCUGAGGAAUGCUCCAGCUGAUUCCAUCAAUCCUAGGGUGAUACUACAAGCACUCCAAGGUCAGUCAUUCACUCCGUCUAUUUUCCCUGGCUGA